AUUCUAAGAAAUCAUUUACAACGCUAAGCGCACAUCACACCUCGGCAAAAGAAGCUAUUGAUUCUCUUACUUGUUCCUCACCUGAAGAAUAUGAUAUUUGUUUAGUAUUCGCAUCAAGAACUUACGAAUCAAAAGAUAUUGAAAUUAUACCUCAGUAUCUUUAUUCAAAAUUGCAACCGAAAUUUUUAGGUGGAUGUGUUGUCGACAGAAUUUACGAUAACAAGAAUAAUAAUGGUCAUGGCAUUUCAUUAUUAUUAGGAAAUCGUAAGAAAAAUGAAUCAAGAUUUGAUGGCUUUUCCAUAAAUAUCGAAGGAUCAAAACGUCAUCAAUAUAAAUCAAAUUCAGUCGGUAGAUGGAAAAAUCUUGACGAUUUUAAAGAUAAAAAUGACAAAUUAUCUAAUUUAUUUGAUAUUAAAAUUUUCCAAUCGAUUUCAAGUGUUCCUAAUGAAUUUGAUUUACCCGAGGAACUGAAUUUGUUGAAAAUUAAAAAUAUAAGUCCAGACUUGAUUCUCUUGGCUUCUGAUUCUGAGCCGUAUCAAUUCUUGGAAUCUUUACAAGUAAAAAGGACAUCAACACCUUUCUUAACAGGUCGGCCUGUUAGUUUAUUUCAUAAUAAUAAUGUUUUGUCUAGGGGUAUUAUAGGAGUUGCAAUUACAGACGAAUCAUUCAAAAAUCAACUUGACGUCGAUCAUCCAUCGUUAAAUGCAGUUGGGGAUCCAUUGAAAAUCACGAGUUGUCGUGGAAAUAUAAUUUUAGAACUUGAUGGUACAAAUCCUACCAGAUUACUUCUAAAUAGAUUACAAUCUGGUAAUGACAAGGGAAUUUUAUCCAAAGAAACCGAAUUUUAUCUUGGAUUAUAUGAUCAUAAUGACAAGGAUAAUCAACUUGAUGAAUCUAAUUUAAUGAUUAAUAAAAUAUCAAGUGGAGAUCCCGUGAGAGGAAAUAUGGCAGUUGAUACUACAAUGGAUCUUAAGGAAGGGCAAUUUGUGAAGGUAUAUGAAGUUGAAAUACAGAUCGCAAUGUCAUCAUUAGAUCGGGAUACAAUAGACCCGGUAGCUAUCAGUAAUAUGUUAAAGGUAUAUAAUAAUAAGAAUAUUUUUGGGGCCAUUGGUGAGAAUGGAAUUAUAAUUGGUAAAGGUAAUGGAAUCACAUGGGCCAUGUGA